AUGGAGAGAAAAAAGACAUUUGAUGAGGAUGGAGUCAUCCUUGAGUUUUUUUUAACAUGGGUGAUUAUCAUUUCAGAUAAAAUGGAUUAUUUCCAUAAGGCCUUUGCAAUUGUUAUAAAGCAAGAGGGUCAUGGUGUUAAAAUUACUCCUCAGACUCAGGUUGUCACUCCCUCUCCCACUAACCUUAUUGUGUCUUCUACAACUAAGGCUUCCUUGGUCACUCAUGGACGUGGGAAGCCUUCUUCCAUAAAUGUUGAUGUUAAUCUUAAGGAUCAGACAUGGUCCCCUCCUAUUAAUACAAAAAGGGACAUGGACCAAGAUAAAAGUCCUCUCCUGGAGGAAGAUUCACCUAAACAUGCUCAGUUGUCUAGGGAUGGUGGUUUAGGGUCGACCACCUCUCUUCUAAAGGUGUCGACUCUAUUUCAUGCCCAGAUUCCCCAUACUCCCCUAGAGGCUACUGCUUCCAUGUCUGAAGUGGAUAUCUUAUACCUUCAAAAUAUCCCUAAUGAAGGAAACGUUGGAACUUUUCUCGGAAGCCACUUUUUGCACUUAUCAGGCUGCUUCUUUAUUAUCUUUGUCCGUUGUUGGCUCGGGGGAUGUUCUGGUCAUGGGAAAUCCUUUCAAAGAUAUGGAUACCUAGAAGGGUAA